CAGCUACGUGGCUCAAAGCAGAGGACACAGGACAGCUUUAAGCCCUUUAUAAGGGACCAGGUCCUCCGUCUGUCUGUCGGAUCCAUCUGAGAGGAUCUGUCCUGAUUCUAGGUGUCUGACGCACGUGUUCCCAAAAGAGUCUGGGAGGCAGUGGAGCGGCCAUGGGUCUGCUGGCUGGAGAGAACCUGUGGCCUGCACUCAUCUUCACGGCCAUCUUCCUGCUUCUGCUGUACCUGAUGCACCGGCGAAAGUUCUGGACCUCACACUACCCUCCAGGCCCCAUGCCACUCCCUGGGCUGGGAAACCUGCUGCAGCUGGACUUCGAGAACAUGCCGUAUACCAUGUCCAAGCUUCAACAGCGCUAUGGUGACGUGUUCAGCCUGCAGAUGGCCUGGAGGCCCGUGGUUAUGGUCAAUGGACUGAAGGCCGUGCGGGAAGUGCUGGUGACCUGUGGAGAGGACACUUCUGACCGCCCUCUACUGCCCAUCUAUGAUCACAUGGGCUAUGGGCCCAAAUCAAAUGGCAAAGAGCUAAAGAAGGGACCCAGCAGACAGACUAGGGUUUGAGGAGCAGUGAGCAGAUGUUCUGAUGGAGGAGAUGUGGUCAGGCAAUGAAGGGACUCUCAUGGAAAUGGAGGGAGGAGCCUCCAGGAUGGCAGCUGUUUGUAUCUGGUAGCUAAGACUGACCUCAGGUGCUUUGGGAAUUGAGGAGACAGCAUGGCCAGGUGUCCUUGGUCACACACAGAUGUGUCUAUAGGUGUGAUUCUUGCACCUUAUGGGCCUGAGUGGCGAGAGCAGCGGAGAUUCUCUGUGUCCACCCUGCGUGACUUCAGCCUGGGCAGGAAGUCUCUGGAGAAGUGGGUGACGGAGGAGGCUGGCCACCUCUGUGAUGCCUUCAUCGAGGAGGCUGGUGGGUGAUGGCUGAGGGGCUGAGGUGUGGGCAGGAAUUUAUGAGCAUGAGUGACUUGCUUACACCUCUGUCCCCAGAACACCCCUUCAACCCCAGCACCCUGCUGAGUAAAGCUGUGAGCAAUGUGAUGGUGUCCCUUGUUUAUGCCUGUUGCUAUGACUAUGCCUGUUGUUAUACUUUUCUUCAACUGGAUGCUCAAAACCCUGAAGGAAAGUUUUGGAGAGGACACUAGCUUCAUUGCCGAGGUAUGAGGCUCAGGGCAGUGGAUGUGGACACUUCCAUGCUGAAAAUCACUUUGUGAAGCAUGAGGCCUUCAUGCCAUUCUCAGCAGGUGCCUGUGGGGUGCCUGGCUCCCUGUGUCUUCCCAGGGUGCCAUGGAGGGUAGAGUGUGAAUGAGGUCCCAGGCUGACUGAGCCCCUCUCCUACCCACAGGCCGCCAAGUAUGCCUUGGGGAGCCCCUGGCCCGCAUGGAGCUCUUCCUGUUUUUCACCUGUCUCCUUCAGUGCUUUAGCUUCUCGGUGCCCAAGGGACAGCUCCGGCCCAGUGAUUAUGGCAACAUGAAGGCUUUGCCAGUUACUUGAAAGCCCUACCAACUCUGUGAAGUCAUGCGCUAGCAGGGCCAGUAGCUCCCUCCUGCCCCCAGCUUGGGCUGAUUCAUGUUCAAUAAAUAAGUUCUGUAGCCUCAA